AUGGAGUCGCCUCAGGACCGUGAGUUUAGUGUCAUGGAGCAUCCUGAUAUUCCCAACCAUGACUCCGAUAGCUCAGGGUCUUCCGACGACCUCCUACAACAGCCAUAUGCCAUAAGGGCCAGUUCUGCCUUCCCAGAGACGUUCGAUCCAGCUCCAAUGCCCACGAUCGCGUCCUCUCCUCCCCCGUCCCAUGCUUCCGGACUUCCCGCCUGGGCCAGUACCCCAGGCUCGCGUCCGCGUGGCUCCAGCGUCGGUGCUGCUGCGGCCCUCGACAAAGUCCCGCCUGUCGAUGCCCUUCCUCUGACCGAUCGAGAGUUGAGGCCGCAACGUCCGUCGGGUCCCGCAAGAACUCCGUCCAACACCUAUGCUCCCCAGCGCCGACCACCGCAAUAUAUCAGCCUCCAGAACGACCGUCAGCGGUCCUCGUCGACGAGGCGAAAUACCCGACGGGACCCCAAUGCCCAGUAUCGGGCCCAGGAAAAGGCCUACGUUCAGCGGAUUCGGGCUAAUCCGCAGGCCUGGUACAACCAUUUCGACGAUGCUCAGGCUAUGGGAAUGACGCCGGGGGACUCGGACCUAGAGGAACCUUCGCCAUCGUCCGAGGCGCCGUUCGAAGAUGACGCGUAUGAUCCGGAUAUCCAACUAUUUCUCCCCGAUGAUAAUCAACCUACCCUCGAUGAACUCAAAAACCCUAAGAAUCAAGAAAGGUUGGAGUGGCAUUCCAUGCUGGCGUCUGUCCUGCGAGGAGAUGUCGUCAAACAGGAAAAGCAGAGACUUCUUGGCUCCGCGGAUACGAAGCGAUCCGCCGCACAGAACAACGCAAUUUGGUUAGGGGUUCGAGCUAGAACAUGUGGCCGGAGUGUCGCUCUACAACGGAAGCUGAUCGAGGAAGGGAGAGCUGCCCUUGGACCCAUCGUCGAAGAUAUCAUCAACUUCAAGAUCAAAGGUGAGACCGAGAUCGGAAAGUCUCCCAUUAAGCAGGUCGAGGACAUCGUCCAGAAGAUUGAAUGGUGUGAAAUGCUGUACUCGACGCACAAAGAAUUGGAGGCCGCAAAUCCCCGUGUAGCUUCGGAAGAGUUCUGCUCUAGUCGUGAAGCCAUCUUCUCCUGGCACAACACCAUUGCCCUCAUAAACACCGAACUCGCCAUCUUGCAGAAGUGGGUAGGUAACGAUGAGCUUGAUUUUAACAAAACCAAAGUCAAGUCGGUCACCAGCGAUCUCUCGGACGACACGUCUUUCCUCGACCGCAUCAUGAAGGAAGACGGUCUCAAGACCCUCCAAGGGGACCACAACAUGCUCAACGGCAUUGGCGAAGUGAUCAAGAAAGCGAAGACAACGUUAAUCGAGAAUGCAAAUUCCUUUGCACAACGCCACCUGCCGCCGUAUAUCGAAGAGCUCCUUACCCUGAUCAACUUCCCCUCGCGUCUGAUCCAGGAAAUUAUCCGUGUUCGUUUGUCUUACGCUAAGAACAUGAAGGACCCUGCCCAGCAAUCUCCUAUUCUUGUCGAUCAGAUGAUCUCCCAGUUCCAGAUCUUGAUGAAAGUCUCGGUGGAUAUCAAACAGCGCUACUUAGACAUCUCGAAACCUGAGCCGGGCUGGGAUUUACCACCUUGCAUUGACGAGAACUUCGACGCUGUGGUGUUGGAUGCGUUGAAGUAUUAUUUCCGCCUCCUCAAUUGGAAACUGAAUGUGAACAAGAACACUUUCAAGGAGGCCGAAAUUCUCGAACAAGACUGGGAAUUCUCAAAUGAUAUCGGUCGUCAACUGGAAGGUGGAGAUAUCGAGGUUGCCGAACAGUUCAGUGCCCUGACAGCAAAGUCACUUCAGCGUCUGAUGAUACACUUUGAACGGGAGUUGACAACACGUCCCAACGAGGAUCCAAUCGACAUGGACAAAAGAUACAAAAGCGUUCUUGAUUCAACCCGAAUCCGACAGCGCAAGCUCUACCGUUUCUCCCGCUUCCUGCGUCAACUGUUCGAAAACGCCACUGAAUAUAAUAUUUCUGCCGACAUCGCGUUCGACUUCUUUGAAGCGCUUCUCAUUUCGGACCAUUUCCUUGUCAGGUCUCACGCCUCCGUUGGCCAGAAAGGCGUCUAUCUUUUCGCGCAUUUUGCGCUCUGGAACCGACCCACCGAUAUUCAAGCCAUUCUCGCAACCUCGUUCCGUGAAGAAGAUGCACCAAAAGAUCCAACACACACCCCUUAUGUCCUGGUCGUUCGUCCAGAGAAGCCUCUUUCCUGGGCCGGAAAGGAGAUGCAGGUUGAUUUCCUUGAGCAACCCACAGAUGUUCGGCUUGGAAAACUUCGUCUUGUAGUUGAGGGGACGCAGCAACGGCUCGCGAGUGCUCGGCAUGAGUUAGUACAGUUGACCGGGAUCCAGCUGGACAUGGCGAUUGAACAACGUGCCAACUUGGGACGAGUCAACGUGGAGCUGAACAAGAUUAAGAAGAUAUCGUUCAAGCUCUCCAUGACUAUCAUGGAUAGCGUGGCGAUCAUCAGAGACCAGUUGAGAUCAAGGGGCAUAGAGAACACGGAGCUCAUCCAAGCGUGUUAUGCUUUUGCGACAGAAUUCGGCAAGCGUUCCUCGAACUAUGUGGACCCCAACAGGCGCGCUAUGAAUAGUGCAAGACUCGUGGAGCUAUCAUUGGAAUGGGUCUCGUUCAUCUGCGACGAUUGCGAUGCCGCUGAUCGAAAGACAUUCAAAUGGGCUGUAGCUGCACUUGAAUUUGCAAUGGCCAUCACUUCUAGCAGGCACCUUCUCUCGAUGGAUGAUUCCCAGUUCGGCCAGUUGAGGUCUAAAGUGGCCGGGUGCAUGUCGCUGCUAAUCUCCCAUUUUGACAUCAUGGGUGCUCGUUCCUCGCUCGCGGCGCAAGCCGAGAAGCAGCGCAUGGAAGAACGCGCGGGAUCCCGAAAGAUUGGCGCUGGACGGAUUCUGACUGAUGGCGAAGCCACAAAGCUUGUGCGGGAGCAGCGUUUGGCUCGCUUGCAUGACAUUGAAGAUAAACGGGUAGAGGAAGACGCGAAGCGACAGGCGCUGGGAAGAGUGCUGGAAGGAUCGAACGAGGCUGACCGGUCCCUCGCAGUGCUGUCGUCCUCGGCGACUAAUGUCACGCUUAGGUGGCAGCAAGGCCAGUACAUUGGUGGAGGUACUUUUGGCUCCGUUUAUGCCGCUAUUAAUCUGGACAGCAACUAUCUCAUGGCCGUCAAGGAAAUUCGUCUCCAAGAUCCUCAACUCAUCCCGAAGAUUGCUCAGCAGAUCCGUGAUGAAAUGGGGGUAUUGGAGGUCUUGGAUCAUCCUAACAUCGUUUCCUAUCACGGCAUUGAAGUGCAUCGGGACAAAGUCUACAUCUUCAUGGAAUACUGUUCCGGUGGAUCUCUCGCUAGUCUGCUUGAACAUGGUCGUGUGGAAGACGAGACAGUCAUCAUGGUCUAUGCUCUCCAGCUGCUGGAAGGAUUGGCGUACCUGCACCAGGCUGGCAUUGUCCACCGGGACAUCAAGCCCGAAAAUAUUCUCCUUGACCAUAAUGGCAUCAUCAAGUAUGUCGAUUUCGGCGCGGCCAAGAUUAUCGCACGCCAGGGCAAGACUGUGGUCCCAAUGGAUACAUACCCUGGAACCGGUCACAAGGACGCUCUUGUUCCCAAGGACUCGCAGAUGGCCCACCAGCGCGGCAAGAACCAGAAAACCAUGACCGGCACCCCGAUGUACAUGUCCCCCGAAGUGAUUCGCGGCGACACCUCGAGGCUGGUGCACCGCCAGGGAGCCGUCGACAUCUGGUCCCUGGGCUGUGUCAUCCUUGAGAUGGCCACGGGCCGUCGACCAUGGUCCACCCUCGACAACGAGUGGGCGAUCAUGUACAAUAUCGCCCAGGGCAACCAGCCCCAGCUCCCUUCGCGCGACCAGCUCAGCGACCUCGGUAUCGACUUCCUGCGCCGCUGCUUCGAAUGCGACCCGAUGAAGAGACCCACCGCCGCGGAACUGCUGCAGCACGAAUGGAUCGUCUCCAUCCGCCAGCAGGUUGUCGUCGAGCCCGCCACGCCCAGCAGCGACGCCAGCAGCUCCAGCAUAAGCAGCUCCAACUCGUGCAGCCGCCAGAACUCCACCUACAUGUAA